AACCGUUCGUUGACCCAAUGAGGACUUUCAUAAGAUAAGAACUCAUGCGAUGACCCAAUUAUGCUUUAGCGAAAAUAGUUGAAUCACGUUGCAUUCUACUGAAACGUGCUGAACUUAUGAUAUGUUGGGAUACAUCGUGUGCGCGUUCGUGUUCGUCACAGUUUCCAGGUGCGACGAGGGCCAGCGGGAGGUGGUGCUGUUCCACAAAGUGGACACGAACCAAGAUGACCAGCUGACCAGGGCGGAGCUGGACGCUGUCUUCCUGUUGUUUGACAACAAUACCGACGGCCAGGUGACGCCCGAUGAGUUCGUGCAGGAUUGGGUGAACUUGUUCCACAUUGGCGGCUCCCAGGAGGCAAAUACGCUGUUCACGCGGGCCGACACGAACGACGACGGUGUCAUCGACGCUAAGGACAUUCCCGCCAUUUUCUCGUUCUUCGAUGAGAACGCCGACGGAACUGUGGACAUCAGCGAGUUUCUGACCGCCUGGGGCAACAUGUCUCUCCACCCCGUGGAUCAUGUGCACGCUGUCGUCGGUCGCUAGGACGCGGCGAUGACGUCAUGAACUACGUCAUAGCGCAAAUAGUUAAAUAUGUCAGACAAUAAAUACCAGCAAAGAAAA